AUGGUGGCUUCGGAGAUGCUUCUUCCAUGGGAUUUGGUGGAAGAGAUACUCUCUUGGGUUCCAGUUAAAUCUCUUAUUCGUUUCAGAACCUUUUGCAAACGGUGGAAAGCUCUUUUCGAAGAGAAGAGAUUCGCCAAAAACCAACUGGCUCGUGCCAGCCGUCCACAAUUCAUAUUGUCUUCCGAAUCAAUGAUUUGUUCGGUAGAUGUCAUUCUCGACGGUUGUCCAUUGAUAGAGGUGUGUAAGGUACCAGUAGAUAUUACAGGUUAUAGACAUUCAGAGGGUUUCUCAGUCAAUUUUUGCGAUGGGUUAUUGCUUUGUGCUGUCCCGAGUCAGGGGCUGGCGGUUCGCAACCCGUGGUUGAAACAGGCUAGAUGGAUCAACAUGACUGAAAGAACUUAUUUCAAUGGGAUAGGUUACAAGAUUUUUGCGUCACCAGGUCUUACCGGGAAAGCUUGGAUUAGCGAGUUUGGAUCAAGUGCAUGGAAGUCUCACGAGUUGGUAUCCGAAGAUUUUAUGUUUAGGGAUUAUAGUGUAUCCUUGAAUGGAACUUUGUAUUGGAUCGCUCGUAAUUUCAUGUCUCGUGAAUAUGUCAUCACUAGUUUUGAUUUUUCUACGGAGAAAUUCAACGAAAUUUUUUGUGUAUUGCCUGACAAGAGCAUUAAAACCCUCGAUAGUAGAUCCCUCGAGGUUUUUAGGCGAGAUCGAUUUUCUUAUUUACAUCAGUGCUAUGAAACAAAGAAUAUAGAGAUUUGGGUGACAAAAAAGAAGAUUGAGAAUAAGGAUGGAGAGAGUGUGGAGUGGAUGAUGUUCAUGAAUGUGUCAGUUCCUUACUCGUCGGAUUUAAGAUGCAUGUCCCUUUUCUAUCAGAGAAGUUACUUCAUCGACGAGAAAACUCUCAGUCUCGUAUUGUGUUGUGAGGAUUAUAAUGGGAAUAUUUGCAUCUACAUUGUAAAGGGACAGUCUAAAAGAAUUCAGAUAGAAGCCGUGGCUAAGAAUCAUUGUCUUCAUCGUACCUAUUUUCCGAGUUUGGUCCAAGUUCCUUCAUAUCAAAGACAAGGAGAAGAAAUAUAA